AUGACAUCUAUCUAUCUAUCUAUCUAUCUAUCUAUCUAUCUAUCUAUCUCAUCUGAUUCUAUCUAUCUAUCUAUCUAUCUAUCUAUCUAUCUAUCUAAAUCAGGUCGCAUCUAUCUAUCUAUCUAUCUAUCUAUCUAUCUAAAUCAGGUCAUCCAUCUAUCUAUCUAUCUAUCUAUCUAUCUAUCUAUCUAUCUAUCUAUCUCAGUCGCAUCUAUCUAUCUAUCUACAUCAGGUCGCAUCUAUCUAUCUAUCUAUCUAUCUAUCUAUCUCAGUCUGAUUCUAUCUAUCUGUCUAUCUAUCUAUCUAAAUCAGGUUGCAUCUAUCUAUCUAGUCGCAUCUAAGUCUAAUUGCAUCUAUCUAUCUAUCUAUCUAUCUAUCUAUCUAUCUAUCUAUCUAUCCUCGCUUCCUUUUUUGAUGCAUAACCUGGAUAUAUUUUACCUCCUACUGUUUCCCCUCCGUAUCAUUUACAGACCCCACCCCUUCUUGCUUUCACAUAAACCUAAUCAUAUUCAACCGUUCUUUCUUUCCUUCUAUUUUCUUUCUUUCUUUCUUUCUUUCUUUCUUUCCUUCCAUUUUCUUUCUUUUUCUUUCUUUAUUUCUUUCUUUCUCGAUUUGGUGAUUCGGUCUUCUCUCUUUUCUUCCGACCUCUACGCACUUUUUUCUCUACAGACUUAA